UUGUAUUUCUGGUUCCGGGUUAACACAUGUUUUGUUGCGCUAAAAACCUUAAGUAGGCAGCUUACGAAACUAGUCGUCUGUCGAAGUGUAGGAAGCAAAGGGGAAAAAUAUCUCGAGACAAUGCAAACACCACAUUUUUGCCAUCCACGCCAGGGAUCGGGUCCGAGAUCUGGAGGUUUCCGCAGUUCACCUCCCGCCUUUGUCAGGACAGGGGCUAUGUUUCCAUCGCCUCCGUGGGCAUUUUCAACCCCGCCGCCGACGGUUGGACCGAGAUUUGGACAGUGUUCUCCAAAUACCCCACCGAGAGAGUUUGGUGGUAACAGGGGUGGGAAAUAUUUUAACAGUUACUCGCCGGGUCACACACCGCGCAGAUCAAACCCCAGUCCUCGCGGCACACCGUACAGACACUCGCCGUAUGAGAGUCCCGGACGACACUCUGGACAUCAGGGUUCGCCACGGACAUCCACACCGUUUGGGUCAACGCAUGGCAGGGGGAGAGGGACAAAUUAUACGGAAAAGUAUUACAAACCAUCAAUGCUCCAAGAUCCCUGGGCUGACCUACAGCCCAUCUCGGUCACAGAAACUCAGUCUAAAUGCAACUUCCAACAAACCACAAAUACAGGCAGGCAAGGGAGGUACUACAAUUAAAACUCGAUACAUUUAACGGAAAUGUAGCUUAACUUCAGUAAUAACACAAAAGUAAUAUUUAGUGCACCAAUGUAGCAAUUGCUGAUUUGUUUCAAGUCAAACAGAGUCAGCCUGCACCCGAACAUGUCAUUGACUUAAGUCAGGAUGUACCAGCAAUAAUUCGUCCUUUUUUUUUUUUUAAAUCGUGUGUACUUUCUGGUACACAGUCACUCUCUUUUACUUUUUAUAUCUGCAUUUGAACUACAGGAGAAGAUGGGUGCUAUUGUAACUGGAAACCUAUUCAAAGUAGUUUGUCCUUUCUGGCCCACUCCCAUGGAGUUUGCUAAUCUCAUUCAUUGAAUUCAGAGGCACCUCUAUAGACUCAGACAAGAUACAGUCAAAACAAAAGAGUUCUGACCAACACACCCAUCUACCUCUUAACAUUGACUAUUGCAAAUGAGAAAAACAAGUAUUUGUAGGUUUGCCUCUUUUCUGCUUUUUUUAAGGACUGUAAAUGUUUUUUACUUUUUAUUUUUGGUUGCCUCUUUUGAUUGUAUAACAAACUGAAAAUGUAUUUUCUGUAUAAUGAAAAAAGUGGACUUAUUUCAGACAUAAAUAGCCAAUUAAGGACUAUUGUUGAAGCUUCAAUUAAUAAAAAUGUA